AUGCUUAGCGGGGACCCUCUUAAAAAACAAUCAAGUCUAGAAUUGAUUAAAAGUACCUGUUCUGAGAUUAGUUAAACUAAAAGAACUCCCUUGCCAAAUGAGCAAGCCAAUUGUUGCUUUGGAUUUUUCUCUGCAAAUAAAUAAGCUCUAAAGCAUAGGUCAAAGAAAGAGAAAGAGCUUGUAAGAAAGACGGCACCCUAUCUUAAAAUAUUUGAGGACUCUAUGGUAAUAGACAAUUACAACUCGGAUUGGGUAGAGGAUUUCCUUUUCUAAGUUCAAAGAGCGCUUCUACAGUGCUAUGAUAAAAUUUUAUAAUUCCAAAAAGAAUUUCAGCAUGUAGCUUCUUCGAUCGUAAAGCAUAAAUCUAUCGAUGAUUAUGGGAAUACUCAGAGAUAGCAUAAUAUGAUUAGACCGAACCUUAAGCUGCAGUAAAUCCGCCUUUAUGAUGAAAUAGAGUCUCAAAUUAAAUAAAAAACUCACCCUGUUCAGCAUUUGUGCUCAGCCUUUAAGCUAGUCUUUGUUAAUCAAUACAAGGAAUUCGUACAUAAAAAUGUGGACUAAACAUCCCAGGCAUUACUUGAUAAGAUCAUAGUAUAGACUGUAGGCCUUUAAUCAGACUACAUUUUGAGUUUAUCUAAUGAGAUGGAAUAAAAGGAUGAUGAUUAAUUAUAAGAAGAGCUAGAGAAAAAAAAUGAGAUUACCUUGGCGAAUAAGGUGCUUGAUGAUGUUAAAUUAUUCUUCUCAGCACUCUAUCACUUCGUCCUCAGAAUGUAUGAAAGCCAUCUGAACCGAAUAGAUCUAAAUGCACUUCUUUAAGAUAUAGCAAAGCUAUGUAUUUAAGUUAUAGUAAAAGAUGAAGUACAUAAGAUACUAAUAUGCUUGGUAAGAAUAGAUAAUUUUGAACUGGAUAGAGAUAUAAGAGCUAAAUAUGCAUUACUAAAAGGUGUGUAGCCUGCUGAUUUCGGAAUUGAUCCUUAUUUGCAGCUUAAAAAUCCUCUAAUUCUUUUAACUGAAUUAUAGAAGUAAUUCAAAAUUGACCUAUCCUCUCUGAUACUUCUCAUCUCAAAUAAAAAUUUAACUCUCUAGAAUUAAGAAUACUCUGAGAUCAAACAGUUUACUUAUCAAGAUUUUACCAAAUAAUAUAAAGAAGAGAUAGAUUAGCUGCCGCUUGAAAUAAGUAAAAUCAUAUAUUAAAAAGCUGAUGUCAAGCCAUACUACAAAAGUGUAUUGAAAUUUAGAGAGAUAAUGAUUAAACCGCAUCCUCCAAUAGAUAAGUUAUUCUAGCUUUAUCAUUUAAAAGAGUAGAUCUAGCAGGAGGUGCAAGAUUAUUGGAAAGAUAUCAUUACUGAUAAGAAAAAGAUUCUAAUCAAUAGAGAUGAAUUGACCUCAAUCAUGCUGUUUUUGAUUGCUAAGACAGAGAUCCCCGAUUUAACUUCAUAGCUUAAACUCAUUCAGGAGUUUACAAGUCAAGAAAUAUAGAAUGGCAGUGAUCACAGUAUCAUCUCAGCAGCAUAUUUAAUGUUUAGCUCCCCUAUUCUCUGGUUCUCAUCUAUUGAUGGGAAUAAACUACUGGAUAGAACAUACCUUUUAAGAGCAACCAUGCAAAUGACUGAGUAAUAUUCAAGAUUCGAUAAAAUAAGCUUCGAUGAUAUGAACGAUAGAUAUGAUCCUUUUUCAGUUGCCAAUAGCUACACUUUGAGAAAUUCAUAUUUAACAGGAAACAAUACUAAAACUGUUGACUUAGCUAAUAUCAGAUCUUUUGCUUUUUAUUGA